CCAUUUCAAGUUUCAAGCAGAAGCAAAGCUAGUGGAGUCGAAUGCUCUGAAACCCUAAAUAUUAAAAACCCCCGCCACCGCCCCAGCCCCCAAAUUAAUUGAGGAAGAAGAAGCAGCAGCGACUCAGAUAGUCGGCGGAAACAAUAUGGGCGGGCUUCAACUACUCGACAGCGGAAGCGACUCCGAGAACGAAAACGGAAACGACGACGUUCCGCAGCUCAAAAUCAAUGAAGAUUUCGCUCGCAGGUACGAACACAACAAGAAGCGGGAGGAGCUCCAACGCUACGAGGAACUGAAGAAGCGAGGCCUCGUGGCUGACCCCUCCGAGGAUUCAGACUCUGAACCGGAUUUUGAAUCGGACGACGACUACGUCCAUGUGGCAAAUUCCAAGAAGAGGGAAUUGGAAUUUUUGGAUGGUCUGCUCAAGGUAAAAAAGCAAGACCCUAUCUUGAAAAACAAAGAUGUUGUUUUGUUUAAUUCUGAUGGAACUGAAAUUAUCGGAAACAAUGGAGGAGAGGGAAAGGCAAAGAAUAAGAAGAAGAUGUACUUGAAAGAUGUUAAUGCUAAGCAUUUGAUGGAGGAUGGCCCGGAACUGGCCGAGGAGGAUGACAAGAACAUUGAUAAAAACAGUAAGGUUUACAACGAAGAGCAAGAGCGGAUAAGGAGAGAAUUCUUACAGGCCGCUGCAGCCGAGGAGGAUGAUGAUGAUGGUGAAUUUUUGAUAGAGAUAGAGAAGAAUGCUGUGAUCGGGGGCAUUCCAGGCAAGGUUGAGGCGGUGAGGAAGAAGGUCAAGGCGAGGAAGGAGCAGAGGAAGAGGAGGAGGAUGGAGAUUGCAAGGUUGGAGAGGGAGGAGGAGUUGAGGCAUUUGAAGAAUUUGAAGAAGAAGGAGAACGACGAGAAGGUUAAGAAGAUAAUGGAGAUUGCGGGGCUUAAGGAGGGUGAGGAGUCUACAUUUGAUCCAAAGGAGUUGGAGAAGGAAUAUGAUCCCCAAGAAUAUGAUAGGAUGAUGAAGAAGGCUUUCGGUGAGGAGUAUUAUCAGGCAGAGGAUGCUGACUUAGAGCGUUAUAGUGAUAUGGAGGAGGAUGAUGAGAUUGAGAAACCGGACUUUGAUAAGGAGGAUGAGUUGCUUGGGCUUCCUAAAGGUUGGGAAACCGUUGGGUCUAGUGAUGGGUUCUUAGCUGCCAGGGAGAAGGUUUUGAAGCGGAAAAAGGAAAAUGUUUGUGACCAUGAAGAAGAGGAAGAGGAAGAGGAAGAGGAGGAGGAAGUAGAAGAAAAGGAAGAGGAGGAAGAAGAAGAAGAAGAAGAAGAAAUGAGUGAGGAAGAUAAACAAGAGAAAAAGCGUAAAUUAGCUUUAUUGGAGAGAGCUAAGAAGGAGAUGAUGGAUGAAUACUAUUUGGAUACAUUGGAGACAAUUGAAGACUUGAAGACAAGAUUCAAGUAUGCUAAAAUAAAACCUAAUAGAUAUGGCUUGACUACUGCCGAGAUAUUAGCGAUGGAUGAAAAGGAGUUGAAUCAAUAUGUGUCUUUAAAGAAGCUUGCUCCUUACACAGAGAAAGAGUGGAAGGUACCCAACAACAAGAGAAUGGAGAUAAAGCAGAAAGCUAAAGAGAUUUUCAGACAAGGAAAUGUGGGUAAUAAAAAGAAUCGCAAGAAGCUGAGAAUAAGUGAUGCAGCUAAGGAUUCGAGCUUAUCAAAGGGUGCCACAGGGCAAUCAUCAAUGAGUGCCCGGGAACAUGGGAAAGAACUAGUAGGGGACUCAAAUGGUGGUAAAACAGAAUCGAGGAGUGCUAGAAGAAGGCGUCACCAAGCUGCGAGAAAAUUACCAGCUUCUAGGCUCAUGGCAUAUGGGGUGGUACCUGUAAAAUCUAAGAAAAAAGGAAAGCACUGAUCUGAACCACUAGUUAAAUUGGAGCAUUAGACAGGUGGAGGACUGGAAUUUUGAGAAGAUGAAGUAUCUCGAGGGUUUUGUUGAGUCAAUAGCAUAGCAGAGGCUAACCGCUUCAGAACAAGUUGAAAGGAAGACUUGGUGAUUGUGACUGUCACCUUUUGAUUUUGCAUUUUAUGUAAACUUAGGCUUUAGAAAUCUGAAUAAACUACAUCAUUGUUGUUUUCCAGUUGUUGAAUACAGCUAUUUAUCAAUGUCGACGAUGUGCGGCAGCCAAAGGUUUCUUCUGAUGGAUCAUCUUGUUCAUGUGUUCUGUUUGUUGGAAGUUUUCAGUACAAUCAAAUUGAAAGUUUCUUAUUUAUAUGUUUUCACAA